AUGACAGAAACACCGCCCAACCUACCAUGGCAUACCAUACCCGCCUCAGAGGCAACCUGCAAAGUCCACCUUAUCCAAGCUGGCGGGAUCCGUAUCCCAACGGACCUAGUCCUCCUCCCUGGCCCAGAUUCGCCACAAGACCCCAAAGACUCUCAUGACGAGAACGGCGAACGGAUAAGGUUCUACGGCCCAGACUACGUAUUCCUGAUUGAGCACACACCUACCAGACACAAGUACAUCUUUGACCUGGGCAUACGAAAAGAUCUCGGAAAUCUACCCCCAUAUAUUAUCAAAAACGCUCUCCCAACCUUUUUAUGUGAGCCAAAAUCCCCAGCUGACAUCCUGAACGAGCAUGGGAGUCCGGAUCAGCAGCCCGAGAACGUCAAGGCUGUCAUCUUCUCGCACAUGCAUUUUGAUCACCUGGGUGACGGUGCAAAGGCUGGAUUUGGGGAAGCAGAGUUGUGGGUUGGACCUACGUGUUGUACUUAUGCACGCCCUGGGUAUCCGGUAGAAGAAGACGCGCCGGUGUCGAGCGAUACGUUGCCGGUUGAUGGAAGUAGGAAGAUAGUGGAGAGCUAUAUCCCUGACGAUGUACUGAGAGAAGCAGGUGAUAAGAGAGCGGGACAGGUCAUGGAGGGUAUGAGAAAGGGGAAAUAUGCAGCUGUCGACCUCAAGAAGCCAGAGUGGAAGGGUGUCGGUGCUUUUGACAGAGCUUACGAUGUGUUUGGCGAUGGAUCAGCGUAUAUCAUCGAUGCUCCUGGACAUUCACCGGGUCAUCAAAUGAUGCUGCUGAGAACCACUUCAGGCUCUACUGAAAGUGAUGAUACUUUUGUGCUGUUGGCAGGUGAUGGCUACCACCAUCCUGCUCUAAUCAAAGAUCCCAGGCUCACUGCCCGUUCCCCCUAUGCAAAGGCCGGUAUGCACGUCGACCCCGAACAAGCCCUCGACACCAUAUACCGCACACGAGAAUUCGCAAGAAGAGAGAACGUAUGGGUGAUAGGAGCCCAUGACACGAGUAUCGGCGAAGGUAUCCAGCCGGGAGCCAAAGAACUAACGGGUCUAAUCACAAUCAAUGACUGGCACAAGAAGGGGUGGAAGAACGCAUCUCAAGGCAGUCCUUAG